GUGGGGUACUCAGAAAUUAUUUUGUGUUUUAUCGUUUCUUCUUAAAAGUUCACAAAAAUGUCGAAGGCAGUUGGGAAGGGUAGGUCGAUGAAGAAAGUAUUACAGAAAAUAGAUCAUAGUUCAAGAUUACGGGUAAACAUUCCUGCGAGAAUGGCAAACGCCAAACCACCUCUAGGAUCACAACUCGGACAGAGAAACAUAAACGUAGUAAACUUUUGCAAGGAAUUCAAUACAAGAACAGAAAACAUUAAGCAAGGCAUACCUUUACCGUGUCGAGUUAAAGUGAAACCAGACCGCUCCUUUGAGUUAGUUAUUCAUAACCCACCAGCUACGUUUUUCUUGAAACAGGCUGCUGGAAUAGAAAGAGGAAAAAUGUGCAAAGGUGAAAUAGCAGGUAAAAUAACAUUCAAACAUUUAUAUGAGAUUGCAUGUAUCAAGGCACAGGAUCCACCUUUAGCAUUACUAAGUUUACCACACAUUUGCCAAAUGAUGGUAAUGAUUGCACGCAGUUGUGGUAUCCAAGUUGUACGCGAAUUAGAUCCUGUAGAAUAUGAACAAUUUAUGAAGGAACGGGAAGAAAAUGUUCAGGCUCGACUUGAAGAAAUGCGAUUAUCUAGAGAAGCUAAAUUGCUAAGAACAGUUUAGAUUGAUAUAUUAAAUUAAUUAAAAUAUAUGUACUGAAGGAAUGUAAAUAUAGAUGAAUUG